UGGGGAUGGCGAGGCUGGCAGGCGUCCUGCCGCCGCUCUGCCUGCUGCCCUGCCUGCUGCCCUGCCUGCUGCGGCUCUCGGCGGCGCGCCCGGCCGCCCCACACCUGGUGCUGGUGCUGGCCGACGACCUGGGCUGGGGCGACGUGGGCUGGCACGGGUCGGCAAUUCGCACGCCGCGGCUGGACGCGCUAGGGGCGGGCGGUGUGCGACUGGAGCGCUACUACACGCAGCCGCUCUGCACCCCGUCCCGCAGCCAGCUCCUCACCGGCCGCUACCAGAUCCACACAGGUUUGCAACACCAGAUAAUUUGGCCAUGUCAGCCCAGCUGUGUGCCAUUGGAUGAGAAACUCCUCCCGGAGCUACUUCAAGAAGCGGGAUACAUUACUCACAUGGUGGGGAAGUGGCAUUUAGGGAUGUACAGAAAAGAAUGCCUUCCAACUCGUAGAGGAUUUGAUACUUACUUUGGCUAUCUUCUGGGGAGUGAAGAUUAUUAUUCUCAUGACCGUUGUGUCCUCAUCAAAGCAAAGAAUUUAACCCGUUGUGCUCUGGACUUCCGAGAUGGAGAAGAAAUUGCAACUGGGUUUAAAAAUAUGUACUCCACUAAUUUAUUCACAGAAAGAGCUAUAGAUCUUAUAGCCAAUCACAAAACUGAAAAGCCCCUCUUUCUCUACCUUGCUUUUCAGUCUGUCCAUGAACCUCUUGAGGUCCCUGAAGAAUACAUGAAACCAUAUGUUUCCAUUAAAGAUGUAAAAAGGCGCCAUUAUGCAGGGAUGGUGACUCUUAUGGAUGAAGCUGUAGGAAAUCUUACUGAUGCUCUGAAAAGAUAUGGUCUUUGGGACAACACAGUUCUUGUUUUCUCUACUGAUAAUGGAGGACAGACUUUGGCAGGUGGUAAUAACUGGCCACUGAGAGGAAGAAAAUGGACCCUCUGGGAAGGAGGAGUGAGAGGAGUAGGUUUUGUUGCAAGUCCUUUGCUCAAACAAAAGGGUGUAGAAAGUCAUGAACUCAUCCAUAUCUCUGACUGGCUGCCAACACUGGUGCACCUUGCUGGAGGACAUACCAAUGACACUAAGUCCUUGGAUGGCUUUGAUGUUUGGAAAGCUAUCAGUGAAGGAAGACCUUCUCCCAGAGUGGAACUGUUGCAUAACAUAGACCCCAUGUUUGUGGAUGACUUCCCAUGUCUGGGCAUUGACAAAAGGAUAUCUUUACCACAGAGCAAUUCUACUCCAUGGGAUGACACACUUUUCAAUACAUCCAUACAUGCAGCAAUCAGACAUGGAAAAUGGAAGUUACUAACUGGAUAUCCAGGCUGUAGUCACUGGUUCCCUCCACCAUCUUUGUUCAAUGAGUCAAAGAUUCAGUCAUCUGAUCCACCAACAAAGAAACUUUGGCUAUUUGAUAUUGUUCAUGAUCCUGAAGAGAAAAAUGAUUUGUCUGAAAAAUACCCUCAUGUGGUGGAAAAACUGCUCUCACGGCUUCAGUAUUAUUAUAAACAUUCAGUGCCUGUGUUCUACCCUGAUGAGGAUCCUCACUGUGAUCCAGCAGCAACUGGGGCUUGGGGUCCUUGGGCAUAGUGCCCAGCACUGCAUAGUUCAAAACAACACUGUAUCAGAGUCUAUUUAUGGACUCAGAAUCCUGAUCACAUAGUUCUUACCUUGUUUUUUAAACUCUUGCUAAUUGUGAGUACAUUCCUUGAGUAAUUCAGUAUUUCUUACUCUUAAAAUAUGUUGGGGAUCUUAUUUCAAUCUUUUCCCACUCUUUCCUUCCCAAAGAUUGUAUGUGAAGCUGUUCAAAUAUUUUUUGUCCAGAAUAUGCUUUUAAUGCUGAAGGCAAAUUGUCUCCCCUCUUGAAUGAGAUUAUUUUCUUAAAAAGCUGUAAUAAAUCAUUGCAGCAAGGACAUCCAGAAUGCAUCUGUCUUGUGUAAUAAAUUAAUUUUUGGCUUCA